AUGCAGCCAGCUGUGCUCUUUGUUGGCAUCACGACCCUCGUGUCACUGGUGUCAGCUCACACCCAAAUCUGGUAUCCUCAGUGGCGUGCCGACUCCUUCGACCUACCGUUCUCGCAGAGAAUCUACCCCUGUGCCGGAAUCUCCGACAACUCAACGACGCCGCGAACGGAGUGGCCUCUCACUGGAGGGUCUCUCAAUGUCACUCUCCACGACGCUGCCGCCUACAUCUUCAUCAACCUCGGGUUCGGUGUGAAUUCGUCUGACUUCAACAUCACACUGUUCUCUGCUCCGCUCAACGAGACCGGCCCGGGAAAUCUCUGCUUCCCCAAGCUCACAUUGCCGCCCGGUCUCCCGAUUGAGGAGGGGACGCAAGCGUCCAUCCAGUUUGCGACUGCUGGCCAUAAUGGUGAAGGCUUGUACAAUUGUGCUGACAUUACCUUUACCAACAACGCCACCCUGCUACCAGCCGACCAGUGUCAGAACAGCUCGACCGUGAGCGUGACCACGCUUGGUUCUUGCUCAUCCCCAGCAACGAAUUCUAGCCCUGCGUCGAGCUCGACCACCGCUUCAAGCUCAUCUGCAGCAGAAGUGUUCGCUCCAUCGGCAUUGAUGGUCCUCCUGGCGAGUCUGUUUGUUGUCGUGUUGUAG